CUGUUGUAUACCUACAAGGUAUAGGCUAACUAGUAAACAUAAUUAUGCUUAUUCCAGUUUUUUAGAUAAGUUCCAUUACUCUAUCUUCGACAGUUUAAGAAGCACCCGGAAUCAGAAAAGAAAAGGGGCUCAUAAGUGUGUAGUAGUCUUUUUAAAAUGAUAAUCUCUGGCAAUCCUUCACCUCAUUGCGCCGCCUCUCGUGGAGAUCCUUUUACCUAGAAGUGCUGUUGCUCUGUGGUGGCGUCUGCAGGAACUCCCCGGAAUGACUCGCCGCCCAUUCAGUGUAAGUAUCUUGUUAGCUAGAGUGAGGAGUGCAGCUCUUCCUCCUGUGGGAUGAGGGAAUGGUGGCUUCAUGUGGGGUUGCUGUGCGUCCCGCUCAUCGCCGUUUAUUUGCACAUCCCUCCGCCGCACCUGUCCCCGGCACUGAAAACCUGGAGGAAUUCUGGCGGCCUUUUCCGUUACAAAGGCCACAACAUCUUCUACAGAGAUUCAGCAGGAGCUGUUGGGAGCACCGAUGUGGUCAUACUCCUGCAUGGGUUCCCUACCUCCAGUUAUGACUGGUACAAGAUCUGGGAGCCUCUCAAUCAGCGUUUUAAUAGAGUCAUUGCACCGGACUUCCUGGGCUUUGGCUUCAGUGAUAAACCGAGGCCCCAUCGAUACUCCAUAUUUGAGCAGGCCAGCAUCGUGGAGGCGUUGGUCUCUCACCUGGGCCUCGGACAUCAAAGAGUUAACCUCCUGGCCCACGACUAUGGAGACACUGUGGCUUUGGAACUCCUGUACAGGCGUGACCACAACAGAACUGGACACCUCACCAUCAACAGUCUCUGCUUGUCUAAUGGAGGCUUAUUUCCAGAAACAAGCUAUCCGAGAUUUCUGCAGAAGCUGCUGAAGGACUCGUGGUUCCUGUCCCCCGUCCUCACCAGGCUCAUCAACUUCAUGCUCUUCUCCAGAGGGAUCGGGGACGUCUUCGGGCCCUACACCCAGCCCACGGAGGCCGAGUUCUGGGACAUGUGGACGGGGAUCCGCUUCAACGACGGAAACCUGGUCAUGGACAGUAUUUUGCAGUACAUAAACCAGAGGCUGAAGCACAGGGAGCGCUGGGUGGGGGCUCUCACCACAACGGUCAUUCCACUGCACAUGAUAUAUGGGCCGCUGGAUCCAGUGAACCCUCACCCCCAGUUCCUCAGUCGCUACCAUCACCUGGUCAAGAGGUCCACAGUGUCGGUUCUGGAUGAGCACAUAAGCCACUACCCCCAGCUGGAAGACCCCACGGGCUUCCUCAACGCCUAUCUCAACUUCAUCAACUCCUUCUGAGCACCUUUCCUCGUCGGGACGGCUCUCUGCUUCCAGCAUCGAAUCUCUCUUCCAAUCAAUUUCAGUGUCAUACUCGCAGCCAUCACCCCUCGUUAGGACUGUCAUCAUUCAUAGAGGGGUUUAUCAGUCAUCAUAAGCAAUGCGAAACACCUUCCUCAGCCUGGCAGCAGGGUUUUAAAGUGCACUUUGCCAAUCGGCUUGGUUCCUGCACGUCAGGCCUGAGGUAAUCCGAAAGCUCACGAUGCCCUUUGAAAACCAAAAUCCAUCCCAGGGAUAAAAUGGACUACAGGAUAAAAUGUACCGUUUCUGAAAGGUACUGUUUUUUUUUUUUUUAUAUUACAGUAAAUUACAUUGAUUCGGUGGAGGCAUUGCAGAUGGCAACUGCUGAGAUAUAAGAAAAUUUCCAGUGAUGUUUAACAAAAAAAAAAAAAAAUCUCAAUGUUGCCACUGUUUGAUGGGUUUUCAAUUUAGAAAUUGAAGUCUUGAUAGCAAUAUGAAGUAGAAGUACAAUUCCAUUGAUGAUGGCCUAAUUUUGCAGUAUUGUGUAUGAAAUGAAGCCAAAUAAUGAUACCAGCUGAGCAUUGUCAAAAGGAAAUUUCACAGUACCUUCAUUCCCCCUCAUAAAUACAUCAGCAGAUGUGGAAAGUCCAGGGGUCAGAAAGUUAUAGACCUGACGUGUUUCUUCUACUGUCAGUCUGAUUUCACCAUUUAGUUCUACCUCCUGGCUGAAGAAUUGUUAGCAGAUUCCAGUGGAAGAUACUGGGGAGGACUUUUUACUCACAGAACCUGGAUUUUCCACCUCUGCACAUCCACACGAGGACCAUGAAUCUGAACAUGGUUCUCUAUUUUAAGAGUAUAUACUCAGCCCAGCUAUCCUUGCCAGUUACCUUCAAACUAGAGAAUACCCAGCACUUCAAGCCUGGUGAAGAGGGUCUCUGGCUACACUACCAUGACCUGGCAAGCAGUUUCUCACUCUGUGAAGAGAUGCUUCCUUAUAUUUGUGUGGAUAGUCAUGCCGUUUAAGAUAACUGUGGCUGCAAUAACCUCACUAUGGGAUUAAGCUGGUCUUCCGCCAACAGAACCAUUUUCUGUGGAUUAUAGUCUGGAACACUAAACUGUAUGUACCUUUUCUGUCAGCUGUGCAUAACUGGUGAAUAAUGCACUGAAAUACAAGCAAAAAAAAAAAAGAAGUAUUUUACAGAAAUAAAAAUAGUUUUUCAAAAAUG